GAUUAAUAAGUAGCCAGUUCCAACUCACGCCGUAACCUAGCGCUGAGCGGGGACGUUGGUCACGUUCGAGCGUUCGAGCGCCAGAGGCAGGACGAGGACGCGGAGGGCGCAGUUGGAGACUCGAUGGAUGCUCGAAGUCGGGACUGGGGCACGACAGCAUGGCGGACAAGGUUUGGUUCGAGAGUUUUGUGCCACCAGGUUUGAAGUGGCAUUCGAAAGGCUGGACGAUGAUCAUUCGCUUCACUUCAAUUUGACGCAUUUACUGUCCAAUAUGGAUAGUUUGGAGGAGUCGAGCUCGAAAUUGACGCCGAGUUUAUGCCUGGCACCACCCAUUGUCGAGUCUCCGGAUGAGAAGAGUGAUGCCUUCUCAGAGGAACUCUUCCGUUGGCUCGAUAAGCUCGAGGAUGUGUUGAGACGGGUGGUCGGAUCAGAAGCUCGCGUCUGGUUAUGUUCCGCUGUUGCAGAACUUGUUGUUCCGCACCGUGUUCAGGCAUCUGUGUUUAUGAGUUUCCUCAGGGAAGCUGCUUUGACCCACAGCUUCCAGGCAAAAAGGGUGGAUUCAUCUCGACAGAGUGAUCACAAUGCGGAACUUCUUCUGAAGCAGAUCGUGAGAAUGCUAUGCGACAGCUACCCGAAGCAAGUUGGGCGACUACUGGCAACUGACGAUAAACUUCUUCGCCAGUUUUUCUCCGGACAUCCAAAGAGGAUUUUGGGAUGGUUUCAAAAUUUUGCUGGACCUGGAGAGACGGAUCACCGGUUGGGAGCCAGGGCACUUUCUCGAUAUGCUUUCUUGCAUCGUGAGGAUUACUGGCACGAGCUAGAGUGGAAGGGCAAGCACUCACAAGCUCCCGCGACAGUUGCAUCCAAACCACAUUAUUUCUCUGAACUCGAUGUCCUCAGGACUGUCGAUAACUUUCUUGAGCAUGUUCCAUCCUUUUGGUUCUCAGAAGAACUGAGAGACUCACUGGAAGAAGGUGAUUUCCUUUCCUUAGAUUAUGAAUUUUUCCAUAACGAGCUACUUGAAAGACUGAUGGGCGAUAAGCGGCAUGACUUGUGGUUACUUAUCGAAGAGUUUCUGAGCAAUGAGUCCUUCUCUGUACUUUGCCAGCGAACUCUUCACUUGAUGAGUGACAAGACUCUGCUUGAGUUUAUUUCCAACGUCGGAAGCGCCCUGAGAAAAUCAGGCAGAGAUUCCAGAAACAAAAGUAUCAACCAGGAUUACACUGUACGCAAUAGCUCCAAGGACACGCCUUGGCUUGAGAUGGUUUUUGCCACCGGUAUGGAAUGGAAGAACCUGUACGAUGCUUCUUUCAGCAACGCCUGUGCGAGUCGUGGGCGAGAGAUGUUGAAACUAGUGCUGGACGAGGAACACGCGGAAGACGCAAGAGCAUUGAGGUGCUUGCUGUCGGAGAGAGCUUCUUUUGAGAAGGAUCAUUGGAGAUUGAGACCAGAAUGCCUUCAAGCGGAGAAAUGGGAGGCUGUCAAAUGGCUUAGUAUGGAGGCAUGGCUGCUCUUCCAUCUAUUGAGUCAAGGAAGCACCUCGGCAGAAUCUCUCGAAAGGCUUAUGACGGAGGUCGGCACCGGCUUUCUUCGUACCAAGCCUGCUUCUGCUGAAAUUUACGAGUUGAUCAGCACGAGCAAGGAGAGGAAGAGAAGUGAGAAGAGGAAAAGGCGAAAGCCGAGACGGAGGUCCAGAAAGCGAGCUCAGCUCAGCGACGAUGAUGAUACGGGAAGUGAUAGCGAUGAGGCUGCUGAACAAGAAAAACCGGUCAAUCUCGGAGGUUUGAGUUGGCGGCUCUCUCUCGACAACUAUACUGCAACAUGGACACAGGUGGAUGUAGCAGAGCACCUCGUCAACUAUGCAGUCAAACAGUGGCUGCAGUGGGUCACUGUACGGUGGUAGAGUUUGUAAAAGGAAUUACCAAAUUAAAGACUGGAUUAGAAAGAAAGGGUUGAGGCCCAUGUCGUUUCUCUCUGGUCUGAACUUGGCCCCUUUCAUUUCAUGGGGCAGAGUUCUGUCAUGCAUUUCGACGAUUUCGAAUUAGUGUUAAAAUAUGUACAUUCCUAUCACUAUCGUUUAAAGACGAAUAUGUGUCAG